GUUUUCAAGUCGCUCACCAAUGCUCAGCACGCCCAUCUGCCACCGCCUCCUCGCCGCCGGUCGCCCGCGCCCGCUUAUCGCGGCGGCUGCUAACCGCCACCAGCUCAUCGCCGCCACUGGUCGCCGCCAUCUGCGCACGUCGUCGCCGCUGCUGGCGGUCGAGAACAGCCACUUCAAGUCGCAUCCCAAGACCGACGCUCAUUUCGCCGACCAAAAAGUCUGGGAAAACCCGAUCCCACACGACAUCUACAGCCCCCAAGACCUCGCCAAGAUCCACCCGACGCACCGCAACCCGACUGAGAUGCACGCCAAGGUGGCCCUCUUCGCCGUGCGUCUCAUGCGCUCCGGCUUUGACUUUGUCUCGCGCUACAAGGGCCCGGGCGGCGGCAUGAAGGCUGGGGACUGGGUCAACCGUGCGCUCUUUCUCGAGACGGUCGCCGGAGUCCCUGGCAUGGUCGCCGGCAUGGCCCGCCACCUCCGCUCGCUGCGCACGAUGCAGCGGGACCAGGGCUGGAUCCACACGCUCCUCGAGGAGGCUGAGAACGAGCGCAUGCAUCUGCUCAUCUUCCUCAACAUGAAGUCGCCAGGUCCGCUCUUCCGCCUCUUUGUGCUCGGCGCGCAAGGCGUCUUCUUCAACGUGUUCUUCCUCGCGUACCUGACGUCGCCCAAGACGUGCCACCGCUUCGUGGGGUACCUCGAGGAAGAGGCCGUCCACACGUACACGGCGCUCGUCCAAGACAUUGAGAACGGCCAUGUCGACCAUUGGGACACGGACAUUGCGCCGCUGAUCGCACGCAACUACUACAAGCUGCCCGAGACCGCGACGGUCCUGGACAUGAUCAAGUGCAUUCGCGCCGACGAGGCCAACCACCGCGAUGUCAACCACACGUUUGCCGACGUCGAGUGGAAGACGGCGGUCAACCCGUUCCUACACAAGCACCGCAAGCCAGCCGUGGAAGAAGAGAAAUCCAAGCCAGUGGCAUCGUAGCUGGACAAAUUAAUGCUAAAAUACGUCGCUCACACUUGAUUGAGCUCAUGCUA